GUCCUCACUACCACCACCCUUCGUCCUCUUCCUUUCCCCGGUUCGUCAAGACAUCAAAGUAAGGUGAGCAUACAUGCAGAGAAAGUUGGAAGGAGAGAAUUGGAGGACGUGCUGCGAAGGACUGCCAUGAGGGAGCAAAGGCUCUGCGGACCAUCACAUCGUCAUCGUCAUCGACGGCUGAUCACAGCUCGACUUGCGGUCUGGCCACGCUCAGCAAAUGGCAGCCUGGCUUCGACCAAUGAGCGUAGCCUCGCAGCACGUCCCAUUUGGAUGAAUGACCCGGACUCUCAAGGGAGCGACUUGAGCUGACUUGAUUGCUGCUCUUCGUUACCCGCUCGACCCUCUUUUUCCUCAAAAAGCCAACAUGGGUCGCAUGCACUCCAACGGAAAGGGUAUCGCCUCGAGCGCUCUGCCCUACAAGCGCUCUGCCCCCUCGUGGCUCAAGACCACCCCUGAGGAGGUCUCUACCCAGAUCUUCAAGCUGGCACGCAAGGGUCUCACCCCUUCGCAGAUCGGUGUCCAGCUCCGUGACUCGCAGGGCAUUGGCCAGGUCCGAUUCGUCACUGGUAACAAGAUCCUCCGUAUCCUCAAGUCGGAGGGCCUCGCUCCCAGCAUCCCCGAGGACCUGUACCACCUCAUCAAGAAGGCCGUCUCGGUCCGCAAGCACCUUGAGAGGAACAGGAAGGACAUGGACUCCAAGUUCCGCCUUAUUCUCAUCGAGUCGCGUAUCCACCGCCUCGCCCGCUACUACAAGCGCGUCGGUGCUGUCCCUCCCACCUUCAAGUACGAGGCUGCCACCGCUUCCACCCUCGUCGCCUAAGCGUGCGGGUGUUACGGCGUUUGCCAGCGCCAGCAAUGCUUGUCGGCUCGAUGCGAUGAUCCUCAUGUACUUUUUUGUCCCUCCUACAUC